AGAUACAAUGUCAGCUGUACGGAGGCGAACGGCAAAUGACCUUCUCUGUGGUGCCAUUACUGCCCCUUUACUUGAAUAUUCAGUUGUCAUUCUGGUCCAUGGUGUUAGUUGUCAAAACAUUCCACAGCUACAGUUACAGGCCAGCAAGAUCAGUGUGCAAAUUGCUAGACUAAAUGAAGAAUUACCGCUUCUGAAGACCAAGACCAUACCUCUACAAAAGAGUGUAUUUGAGGAGGUGUUGGUGGUACACACAGAAACUCUGGAGGAACUGGAGCUCCUGCUCUGCACUGCUGAUGAUGUUAUUGAUGAGUUUGAUCUGAAGUUAGCGGACCGGAACACGUUUGAGUAUUAUCACAUAACCUUAGCUGGCCAGCACAGUGAACUGUUCAUAACGCUUGUUAUAAAGACUAAGCACAUUCCUCCCUCACUUCCCGCCCAGCUCGAUCUACAGGUGUUAGUUCAGUACCUGGAAACACCAAUAGACAGGCCCAGGGAGGGGGUCGUUAUUGUCGGGAAGGACCACUUUGAGAAUGCCUAUUCCCACAUCUCAUUCAAUGUCCAUGAUAAGGUGCAGCUGAGUACCCCACAAGGACCCUCAGAUCAGCCACAAUGGUAUCACACCUUCCUCUUUAGAGCUUGCUCACCUAACCAAAACAUCGGACUCUUUCUCUUCCACCAACCCUUCAUCAGCUCUCAAAACUCGCAGUGGGUGCUGGGAGAUAAAAUAGGAGAAUGUUCCUUAUCAUUGGACGAUAAGCUGAUACAACUUCUCAGAGAUAACGAGCACGGGAUAUGUUUCACUAAAGUACCACUUAUUUCUGUCCAAUCAGCCCUCUUAAUCAGGAUAUCUUGUAAACUAGGGGUAAGUCCACCUCUGACUCCAAACAACAUCCCUGACACAAUGCUAGAGUGGGGGAGGCAACGUGAGACGGUUGUUAGACCAGUAACCAGACAACAGCUUAACUCUGAGCCUGGUGGUGUGGUCACUAAUUUGGUCACUAAUUUGGUCACUAAUAAUGACAGUGUGGUAGCUGAGCCCAGGGAGAGAGGAUAUGAUAAAGAUAGUCUGGCACUUCCUGAUCACUCAGCUAUACUACAGUUGUUACAGCGUCACGCCACACCGCAAACACAACAAGCCGAUAACAGUAGCAUACACUACGACGACAGUAAAGAUAACAGUGCAGAGUACAUGACUAAAGUAAUAGAACAGCAAGCUAACGAACUCAGGAAAUACAGGGACGCAGUACAGAAGAUGGGUAAAGACAUUAUGGCCUGCAGGGACUACAUUAUAGCCCUGAAGAAAGACAACACCAGAUUGAAGAGUGGGCUCUCAAAACUCCAGCAACCAAUCCACGAUGUCUCUCUUAUAAAUGUUCCGAAAGACGAUCUGAUAAAAGAAGUCAUACGUGCUAGACGAGCACUACGAGAUCAAGUGGAGGAUAACAAGGACUUGAGUGAUACGGUGUCGUCUAUAAAACUUAAGUUUGCCUCGUUUGAGACUGAACGACGUGAAAUAAACGAGCUGAGAAGUGCCCACACAUCACAAAACCAACUACUGCUGAAACUUCAAGAUAAGGUGAAAGUAACGAGAGUACUGGAGAGGACUUGCAGAGACCAAGAGAAAGUUAUAGAACAGCUGGAGGGAAUGUUACAAGGAACCCACAUUGAUCAGAACACAUUCCGGAACAGACCAGGCACAUUCCACAACAGACCAGCUCUAUUACCCCCACCCCCACCAGUCACUGAUACCGCUUUAGCAGUACCAAAAUUAGAACCUGUCUUUCUGGGGAACUCGGCUGAUUCUGACAGUUUCGAGAACAUUCCAGCUGAAACUUCUUUAAAACUGAAAGUAAGAGCGUUGGAGAAUCAGUUGAAGUUCUCACAGCAGGCUCAUCAAGAUGAAAUGACCAGACUUGCGGCUGAUAAAAUGGACCUUCAGUUACAUUUAGCGAGAUUAAGACGCUAAAUCACAUGAGCCAGUGAAUGCGUAUAAGCCCCAGUGGUUACAUUUAAAAUCAAAGUGUUUUGUAACGCGCGACGCAGUUGAAAUGACACAAAUGCAUCUUUCUGCAGUUAGUGCAAUAUAUUUCGUGCCGCGCCAUGCGCGUCUGCAUGUGCCCUGCUCGCGUGAUAUUAAUAGGCUAAAGUGUAACUCGGACCAGCCAUUAAGCCACGCAUUAGUCAUUAUAUACUAGAGCAGAUGAGCAGAGUCAAGAACAUUCCCAAAAUUUCAUUAAUUUAACCACAUCUGGCCCACUGUCUGCCAAACUUGACCCCCUGAGUCAUUUUCGGAUCAAACCGAACUAAUGUAGCAGCACUUCCCUCUGCCAAGAUCCGGCCCCCUUCCACCAGACUCAUUUUUCUGAUGGGUCUAGUGUCAAUACUGAGAUGACGGGAGUAGUAAGAGUCAGUUGAACCAGCAGUUGCAGUCACUGAGUUGUUGCAGAAAGAUGGUCUUCUUAUCCUGAAGGAAUAAAAUGAUAGUAAUGCUAUAAAAAGUACGUGAAAUGUAUACCCAGAAUGGAAUAAGCAGACACACAACGCCAACAUAUUCAAGUUUCAUUUCAGGGUAAAAAAGAGAACCUGUUGAGACUAGUUGGUGUUGAAAUGUCACUAGAACUUCCAGUGGAAUUGCGUCUAAUUUGGCUUAUCCUCGGUAUCAUGCUCAUUAUUGUGAACCUGCACUCCCAGUCCAGAGAUAUGAAUAUCACCGGUCUCAUUGCUGCUCCAAAUCUGAAUAACAGCUGAAAUUUGUCCAGUUAUUGCGUUAUCAAGUUUUGAUGUUUUUAAACUAUAAUAUGAUGUUGCAGUGAAAAUGAUUUAUUUAUUUGUUUGAAACUCAACCAUUUUUUAGACUUUUGUUACAGUUUAAAAUUUAAGUGUAACAUGUCAUACAAACGUGUGCUUGAUAAGGAAAAUUUAAAGAAAUUGUAUAAAACACAAAUGGUUCUUAUCUUUAUAGUUUAUGGCUAUUGAAUUCGU